AUGGCGUACAGGGGCCACGAGGGUCCCCAGGGGGGCACGGGCCUGAUCCAGUGCGGGGAGUACAGCAACCAGGUUCUGCCCAACGGCCGCUGUAAGAUCGUGGCCACGCUGCCACAGGGGGACGAGCAGCGGUGCCCGGACAUGUUUCGUUGCACCGAUGAAGUGUCCUACUGGCUCCAUGAGAAUGAGGAGCGUAAGCAGCAGGUCCUGGAGCUGAGGGAGCUGAUUUCAGAGCUACAGGAGGAGCUGAGGAACCACCGGCACCGCAUCAAAGUCCUCGAGCUCCAGCACGAGGAGGCGGCCGGCCGGAACCACAGCUUGGCUCAACGGGUGCAGGACCUGGAGCAUCGGUACAGCGAGGCCAGCACCCUGCAGCACAUCCAGGCUACGCUGCUCUACGACAUGCAGGCGCAGAUAAACAACAUCUCCGUCCUGACCGACUGGGCCUGGCGUAACCCCACCUGCCUCAGCCCCGCCGAGAUGAGGCUGCAGGAGGAGAUGCAUCACCCAGAGGUGAAGCAUGCCAGGAACUGCCCCAUCGACUGUGCUUCCGUUUACUACAACGGGCUGCGGCGAUCUGGGGUCUACAGCAUCAUGCCCUCGGUCGGAGGGAUGCCUAUUGAAGUGCUGUGUGAGAUGGACACCGAAGGUGGGGGCUGGACAGUCAUCCAGAGGCGUCAGGAUGGCUCAGUUGACUUCAACCGGACCUGGAACGAGUACAAGGAGGGCUUUGGGGACCUCAAUGGCGAGUUCUGGCUGGGCAACGAGAACAUCCACAAGAUGACAAGCCAAGGGGACUACUCUCUGCGCAUCGACCUGGAGGACUGGAACAACAAGCACAAACACGCCUUCUACCAGGUCUUCAGCAUUGAGGACGAGGCAAACUAUUACCGCCUGCACGUGGACGGGUUCAGCGGGACGGUGGAGGAUUCCUUCGCCUGGUACCACAACAAGAGGAGCUUCAGCACACCUGACUCGGGGAACAUCUGUGCCGAGAUUUCCCAUGGAGGCUGGUGGUACCACCAGUGCUUUUUCUCCAACCUCAACGGGGUGUACUACAAGGGCGGCCGAUACUCCAUUAAAAACCGCAAGAUCCUGGGGCCAGACGGUAUCGUGUGGUACUCGUGGAAGGACACAGACUACUACUCCCUGAGGAAGGUGGUCAUGAUGAUUCGACCACGCACUUUCCGGCCCCACGUCUCCCCAUGA